UUCAUCUUCAUCUCAUCAAAGUGAGUGAGAGAGUGUGUGUUUUUUCAGAGAGAGAGAGAGAGAGAGAGAAAUCAAGAUGAGAGAAAAAGAAGAUGAUGAAAUUGUUGGUGCUCCUUUAUUGUUUGAGACAAAAGAAGCAAGAUUCAGAGGUGCAUACAAGUUGUUUGCAUCAACAAUAUUGGUAUCCAUAUCUUUGAUUCUGUUCUACAGAGUAACAAACUUCCCAACAGCAACAAGAACAGAAUCAUGGACAUGGAUUGCUAUGUUGGUGUCUGAGAUUUUGUUUGGAUUGUAUUGGAUCAUCACUCAAUCUGUUCGUUGGAGAAUAGCUUUUCAAUCUCCAUCCAAACAUACCCUUUUACAAAGAUAUGAUGAAGAGAAGAUGCCAGCGGUGGACAUACUUGUGUGCACAGCAGACCCAAAAUUAGAGCCACCAUUAAUGGUGAUUAACACAAUAUUAUCAGCAAUGGCAUACAAUUAUCCUUCAAAUAAGUUGAGUGUGUAUCUCUCUGAUGAUGGAGGAUCAGAGUUAACAUUCUAUGCACUCUUCAAAGCUUCCAUUUUCUCUAAACAUUGGUUGCCAUUCUGCCGAAAAUUCAAUCUUCAAACUAGGUCACCUCACGCUUAUUUUUCGGCCCUAAAUCAUAAUUAUCAUAGCCAUCAUGAUCAUGAUGACUUUCAUAAACAAUGUUUAUUUAUCAAGAAAUUAUACGAAGAAAUGAAAAGUGAUAUUGAAACAACAUUAGCAAAGGGUAAGGUUGCACAUAGUGAGAGGAAUUUUCACAAAGGUUUCAAAGAAUGGAGUUCGAAAACCAAAAAGCAGGACCACCAUUCUAGCGUGCAGAUCAUAAUCGAUGGAAGGGAUAAAAAUGCUGUAGAUGAAGAUGGAAUACAAUUGCCUAGAGUUGUAUACGUGGCACGUGAGAAAAGACCCAAUUACCCUCACCAUUUCAAAGCAGGAGCUAUGAAUGCAUUGAUAAGAGUGUCAUCGGAGAUAAGCAAUGGUCCCUUGAUUCUGAACUUGGAUUGUGACAUGUACCCAAGUAACGCAGAUACAAUUCAAGAAACACUAUGUUUCUUCAUGGAUGAAUCCAGAGGCCAAAACAUUGCUUAUGUUCAAUUCCCACAAAACUAUAAUAAUCUCACCAACAAUGAUCUCUAUGCCAGUUCUUGCCUUGCCACAGAUAUGAUUGAGCUAGCUGGAAUAAGUGGACAUGGAGCUGCCCUGUAUUGUGGAACAGGGUGCUUCCAUAGAAGACAAAGCCUCUCUGGAGCUCACUUUAAAGAUUACAAAGCCAAAUUGGAUCAUAUCAUGAUCAACACCAAAAUAGAAGAUAAUAGAACAGUUGAUGAAUUGAAUGAAGCAUCAAAACUUCUUGCUACUUGCUCCUAUGAGCAUGGCACCCUUUGGGGGAAGGAGAUGGGAUUGGUGUAUGGUAUUCCAGUGGAAGACAUAGCAAGUGGGCUUGCAAUAACAUGCAGGGGAUGGAGAUCAAUAUACUAUAAUCCAGAAAGGAAAGCUUUCAUUGGUGUAGCUCCAACAACCUUAGAUGUUGCACUUGUUCAGCAUAAGAGGUGGUCGGAGGGGAUGUUCCAAAUUUUCUUCUCAAAGUACUGUCCUUUCAUUUAUGGGCAUGGCAAGAUCAACAUUGGUAUUCAAAUGGGUUAUUGUGUCUACCUCUUAUGGGCACCUUUGUCACUUCCUACUCUUUCUUAUGCCAUUCUUCCUCCUCUUUGCUUCAUUCGUGGAAUACCAUUGUUCCCACAGCCUACAAGCCUAUGGUUCCUUCCCUUUGCAUAUGCAUUUGUAGCCAACAAUGUCUAUAGCCUAUGUGAAGCAUUGAUUUGUGGAUCCACAAUAAAGAGUUGGUUGAACUUGCAAAGAAUGAGAUUCAUAAGGAGAACCACUUCCUAUUUCUUUGGAUUCAUUGAUACCAUAACAAAGCAAUUGGGCCUAUCACAAACAAAUUUUGUGGUAACAGACAAGGUUGUCACCGAGGAUGUUCAAAAGAGGUAUGAGAAAGAAAUCAUUGACUUUGGAGGAUGUUCAUCAAUCAUGUUGACCAUGUUGGUAACAUUGGCAUUACUAAACCUUCUUGGUCUUCUUGUGGGAAUUAGGAGAAUUAUUAUGGGACAAUUGAUUAUGAUUAUUCAAUUUGUGAUUAGUGCAAUGAUUGUAAUGGUGAAUUUACCAGUUUAUGAAGCUCUUUUCAUUCGUAGUGAUAAAGGUAGCAUAUCAAGCAAUGUGAUGAUUAAGUCCUUUGUGUUGGCCUCAUUAGCAUGCUUCAUUGCAACUUUUGUCUUCUAAUUAUUGUAGAGCUUAAAGUCAAAGAAAUGUGCAAUAAUGAAUUAAUUAUUUAAUUAUAUUGAAGUAGUGUAUAU